AUGAAAAAUCUUGGAAAUCAACCUACAAAAACUGAAUUAGUUGAAAAUACAGUUUCACACAUUUCAAAGUUUUCCUGGAAAACUAGUCAAGGGAAAAUUUUGAAACUUUUUGCAUAUAAAGAGGAAGGUGAGAAGCUCAUUUUCCCAAAAUUUCAAAUUUUUCCAGUGGAAAACAACAACAUGAAAAAUCUUGAAAAUCAACCUACACAAACUGAAUAAGUUGAAAAUACAGUCUUACAUAUUUCAAAGUUUUCCUGGAAAACUAGAGAAGGGAAAAUUUUGAAACUUUUUGCAUGUAAAGAGGAAGGUAAGAAGCUCAUUUUCCCAAAAUUUCAAAUUUUUCCACUGAAAAACAGUAACAUGAAAAAUCUUGGAAAUAAACAUACAAAAACUGAAUUAGUUGAAAAUACAGUCUCACACAUUUCAAAGUUUUCCUGGAAAUCUAGUGAAGGGAAAAUUUUGAAACUUUUUGCACGUAAAGAGGAAGGUGAGAAGCUCAUUUUCCCAAAAUUUCAAAUUUUUCCAGUAGAAAACAGCAACAUGAAAAAUCUUGGAAUUCAACUUACAAAAAUUGAAUUAGUUGAAAAUACAGUCUCACAUAUUUCAAAGUUUUCAUGGAAAACUAGAGCAGGGAAAAUUUUAAAACUUUUUGCAUGUUAAGAGGAAGGUAAG